ACCCUGGGAUCCUUCUCCCUCCCCAGCUCAGUGGGCAGAGGAUCAAGGCCUGACCUAGCAGGGAGCCUGGAGCCAGAGGGAAUGGCCCCUCGGAACCACAGACCCCCAGCCCAGGAGCUGGUGACAUUCCAGGAUGUGGCUGUGGACUUCACCCAGGAGGAGUGGGGCCUCUUGGACCAUCCUCAGAAGGAGUUGUACAAGGAGGUCAUGCUGGAGAAUGCCCAGAACCUGGUCUCCCUGGGGCUGCCAGUUCCCAGAGAAGAUUUGAUGUCUUAUUUUGAGGAAAAGGAAGCACCAUGGCUCCUGGAGCAUGAAGGCCUAAGGAGCUGUUAUCCAGAAGGAGAGAUUAGAUCUGAAAUGAAAGAAACUACUGCAAAGUUAAGCAUUUCUGUGAAAGAGACUCAACAGGAAAGUUUCAUGAUGGAUGGUCCUUGUGACUUCAGUGGGAGACAAAUCUGUGCUGCAUUUUACAGGAUCCACAGAAGAGGAAAACGUUAUGAUUGUCAUCAUUGUGGGAAAGUAUUGAGUCAACAGUCAUCCUUUAUUUACCAUCAAAAAAUUAAUCCUGGAGUGAAACCACAUGAGUGUCAUGAAUGUGGUAAAGCUUUUAAUGAAUACUCAUCCUUCAUUAUACAUCAGAAAAUUCACAUUGGCAGGACACCUUAUGCAUGUAAUCAGUGUGGAAAGGCUUUCACAAAGAGUUCCAGCCUUAUUAUACAUCAGAGAAUUCACACUGGAGAGAAGCCUUAUGAAUGUAAUAAGUGUGGAAAGGCUUUCAGGCGUAAAAGUGAUCUUACUCUACAUCAGAGAAAACACACUGGAGAGAAACCUUAUGAAUGUAAUCAGUGUGGAAAGGCUUUCACACAGAAUUCCCACCUUAUUAUACAGAGAAUUCACACUGGAGAGAAACCUUAUGAAUGUAAUCACUGUGGAAAAGCUUUCACACAGAGCUACAACCUUAUUCAACAUCAAAGACUCCACACUGGAGAGAAACCUUAUGAAUGUAAUCAGUGUGGAAAGGCUUUCAGGUGUAAAAAUAAUCUUACUCUACAUCAGAGAAAACACACUGGAGAGAAACAUUAUGAAUGUAAUCAAUGUGGAAAGGCUUUCACACAGAAUUUCCACCGUAUUAUACAUCAGAGAAUUCACACUGGAGAGAAACCUUAUGAGUGUAAUCAGUGUGGAAAGGCUUUCACACGGAACUCCAAACUUACUCAACAUCAAAGACUGCAUACUGGAGAGAAACCUUAUGAAUGUAAUCAGUGUGGAAAGGCUUUCACACAGAGGUACACACUUACAAAACAUCAAAGACUACAUACUGGAGAGAAACCUUAUGAAUGUAAUCAGUGUGGAAAGGCUUUCACACAGAGCUACAACCUUAUUCAACAUCAAAGACUCCACACUGGAGAGAAACCUUAUGAAUGUAAUCAGUGUGGAAAGACUUUCACACAGAACUCCAAACUUACUCAACAUCAAAGACUCCACACUGGAGAGAAACCUUAUGAAUGUGAUCAGUGUGGAAAGGCUUUCAGGCGUAAAAGUGAUCUUACUCUACAUCACAGAAAACACACUGGAGAGAAACCUUAUGAAUGUAAUCAGUGUGGGAAGGCUUUCAGGUGUAAAAGUGAUCUUACUCCACAUCAGAGAAUGCACACUGGAGAGAAACCUUAUAAAUGUAAUCAGUGUGGAAAGGCAUUCACACUCAAUUCCCACCUUAUUAUACAUCAGAGAAUUCAUACUGGAGAGAAACCUUAUGAAUGUAAUCAGUGUGGAAAGGCUUUCACACAGAGCUACCACCUUAUUCAACAUCAAAGACUCCACACUGGAGAGAAACCUUAUGAAUGUAAUAAGUGUGAAAAGACUUUCACACAGAGCUCCAAUCUUAUUAACCAUCAGAGAAUUCACACUGCAGAGAAACCUUAUGAAUGUAAUCAGUGUGGAAAGGCUUUCACACAUAGCUCUAACCUUAUUCAACAUCAAAGACUCCAUAGUGGCCAGAAACCUUAUGAAUGCAAUGGUAUAUAGAGCUUGUUAGAAUCCAGAAAAUUCGUCUUAGGAACAAGCCCUCCAAGGACUCAUCGUGGGAAUGCCUUCAGCAGAGAUCUCCUGUUCCUUUACAUCACGGAUUCAUGGUGGAGAGAAGACUUAUGAACGUGCUUAAUGAGGACCUGCCUUUGUUGGAAGAUGCAGGUCACUCAACAUCACAAUAUUCACACUGGAAGCAAUCCUUAUAAAAGCAAUAAUUGUGGGAAGGUCUUCACCUUGAGCUCAUACGUGUUUGUAUAUUGGAGAAAUCUUCCUGGAGGUAAAUCUUAUCGAUAUGAUUAAUGACAGAAGACUUUUGCCUGCUGCACAGACUUCAUGGGACAUCACAAAUCUCUUAUCUCUCCUUGCUAUUUUCUGGAAUUCUGCAUUCAUUUGGGUAUAUCUUUUCCCUUUUCCUUUCCUUCUUUCCUUAGCUCUUUGUAAGGCCGUAUGAGACAGCCAUUUUGCUUUCUUGCUCUUCCUUUUCUUUGAAAUAUUUUUUGUUGCUGCUUUCUGUACAGUAUUGCAAAC